CUACCAACUACCCUUGCAGUUCCCUUCUUCCCUCACGCCCGCGCACACCCACACCGAGGGACGCGGCGUGCGGGGUGUCCACUCACUCUCUCCUUCAGCGCCUUCUUCAGCGCAUGCGUGGAAGCGAAAAGAACACGUAUUACAUUAGAACCUUUGCGUUAAACUGCGUUGACGUGCGCUUACAAUGAUGACAGCCAGCGUUUGUCUUCAAUUAGCGGUGGCGACGGUGGUGGUGGCGAUGGUGAGGGGGAGGAAGCUACCAUGAACGCUACUGCUGCGCCUCCUGCAGUAGACCCCCUGGCAGGACUGUUCGUGAGGCAGGAGUCAGCCAUUAGGAAGCUUGAUGGUCUGACAGCAAAGAUCGGGAAGUUGGAUGACCUUGAGGAAAAGAUUGAUGUUAUAUCUCUGGUUCUUCAAGAGCGUGAAGUGAACCUGAAGGCGCUGGUGGAGUCCUUGACAGCCAGGGUGGAGGAGCUGGCCGGGAAAGUGGAAGACGUGCAGGGGAGACUAGUGAAAGUGGACGAGGAGGUGGUGGAGGUGAAGGAAAGCGUGGAAGUGUUGGAUGAAAACGUAAGAGAAGUUGGUGAUAAGGUGGAGGGCCUUGGAGGUAAAGUGGAGGACAUGGACGGGAGACUACUGGAGCUUCGGGAGGUAGUGGAGGAGACAUGGGUGGAGGUAAACCAGACACUGCAGGGACAGCAAAAUGAGGUGGAGAUGGUGGAGAUGACCCAAAACAACACUGACAUUACCACCACACCAUCUCCACUUGACCUCACAUCUCUUUUGCUGAACCUGACGGAGCGGGUGGAGGAGGGACUGCAGGAGGGGAGCGCCAGUGCCAGACAGUGCCAGGAGGCCGUGGGGCACCUCAAGAACCUAAUUGAACCCUCCAUCAACACCACACACUACCUCACAGCAGCAGUCAUCAACCGCAUUAGGAUUUCAAACUUGGCGAUGGACAAAAGACUAGGGGCUGUUCUCCACGCGUUGUCUCUCCGUCACCGCCUCCUGCAGGACGGCUUCCACUCCUCCCUCUCCUCCUUCCACGCACGCCUCGCCACGCACCUCCAGGGAUCCUUCAAACGCGUGGAGACUAAAGUGGAGGAGAUGAAGGAGAUUGUCGCUAAUGAAACAAAGGAGAUUAAUGGGUGUACCAACAUCUCCACAACCUCCACGGUGUCUCCCUCGCAGGAUCUCCACCUUCAGGAUUACCAAGACGUCCUUCAGGAAACUCUUGACAACAUCCUACAACUGUCCAAUCUAACACUUCAUCGCCUACUACAGGAUGACAAGGAGGUGGCGGAGGAGGUGCAGAAGGAGGAGGAGGAGGAGGAGGAGGAAGAUGACCAGCAGGAGGAGGAGACGGAGGCGCUGGAGGAAGAAGAAAGGCCACCUGUGUGUACUGUAGCGGGACAAGACGCUCUCAACACCACUGCCACCACCACCACCAGCACCACCACCGCAACCACCAUCACCGCCACGGAACUUGAAGAUGCGGUGAGGGAGGCACUGGGGGAGCGGCUGGUGCAGGUGGAGGAGCAGUUGGAGGGACUUAGGAUAUACCUGUCCACCAGUCUUCACGUCCAGGCCAACCAGGUGGAAGAUCGAAUGGCGGAAGUGGAGGCGGGGUUGUUCAGGACGGUGCGGGAGACGCUUAACAAGUCUAACAGAGGCCUUGAGAAGCUGCGUAAGGCGUCACUGGGGUACCUGGACGCCGCCGUGACCAGCAUCUCCUCUGCAGCCGUGGCGUCAGCGCAGGCCACAGCUGACCACCUGACAAAGGCCAUGCAGGAGGUGGCUUUGUCUCUCACGCGGCGGCUGUUCCAGGUGGAGGUGGCAAUACGCGCCGCUGUGGGUGGAGGAAACGCAGAAGGCGCUGACGGUGAAGACGCCCUGGACUGGAAGCGGUGGUGGUGGUGGUGGUGGUGCCCGACGGCGGCGGCGACCAAGGGCAGCGAGGGUGGUGGUGGCUCCUGCAUCAGCGCCUUGCCUGGGGACGCCUCCGGGUGGGCCUCCGCCAGGGCACGCUGCAGGGCGGUGGGCGGGGACCUCGUCAGUAUCCCACCCACAGCCCUAACCCUCCACCCACUGAAUCCCUCUGUCCAGUCCUCCACCCCGCCCCUGCCUCCCUAUUGGCUCGGCGGGCGUAAGGUACUGGGGGAGUGGCGGUGGGUGACUGGGGCGUUAGUAGAGGGGGAGGUGAGUGAGGGCGGAGCUGAGGGAGAGAGUGGGGAAUGCCUGGUGGUGAGUGGUGACGAUGGUGGUGUUAGGAUGGCUGCCGCGCCUUGCCACACGCCGCAUCCUGCCCUGUGCCAGCUGCCCGCGCCCCCUGGUGAUGUUGGGCCGCCCCUUGACCCCGUGAGCAAUGAGGUGACGCCCAUCGCCGCCCACCGCUACCUGACGCCAGAGGAUCUUCAGCUAACGUAGUCUUUCUUCUUCUUCUUCUUCUUCUUCUUCUUCUUCUUCUUCUGCGGCGCCAUAUGACCUGAUUGUGGUGAUCCUUGAUAUCCAUCCAUCCAUCAUUCAAUCAAUUAAUGUCUUUUUUUUUCUUCUCUUGACGGAUGUUUUCUUCUUAGGUCCUCUUUCGCCUCUUCAUUCUCUUAUUUCUCCCUUCACUUCAUUUGUCACGUUUUUGCCUCUCUUCUUUACUUUAGUCACCCUUAAAAUGUCAUUGUUUACAUUAAUUUUCUUUUACUUAUGCUCAUUUCUUUUUUUCUUUCAUUUUUCAUCUUUCUUUUUUUUCGAAUUGUUUCUUUUUUGCUUUACGUCCACCUCUCGUACACUUUACCAUAGUUUCCCUUAAAAUUCGCUUUGUUUACAUCUGUUUUCUUUCAUUCCCAUGCUCAUUUUCUUCACGUCUGCGGGAACUUCUGUAAUCAGGCGGUUUUUUUUUUCCCCUUAGAAUUUCUGCUGAUUCUUAAUGGCUCUCCUUUAUAAAUCUUUAUAACCCUUCUCACAAUGUAUUUGUCUGCCGCACGCGCCGUUCUCUCUUAAGGGUUAUUUCUUUAUUCAAACCAUUAUAACCUUUUUGACAUUUUAUCUGCCCGUCUGCCGCCUGUUCCUACAUAGGAUCUGCAAGUGGCCGCGGCAGCGGUCUGAAUCAGAACAAUAGCAACGUGGACUGCCCACACACUUAACUCUUACUAUACUUCAAUAUUUCUCACUAUAUCUUUCUUCUAUCUCCACUCUUACUUCGCUUCACCCCACUUUUCUAAAACCAAAGAAAGAAAGGCAGCGGUCUUCAUCUGAUUGUGUCAUGACACACCGCGUUCUGAUCCUGUCACGCUUCCCUCCAGUGUUCCUACACGUUUUUGGCAGCGUCCCUAAAGCUUGUUCACACACAAGGCGUAAAUGCAAACCUUGCGUAAACCACGACCCUAAAUCUGAGCAUGUCAUGUUCAUUACCAGUUAUUUUAAUAAGCUGCACUUAUUGGUAGUUUACUUAUGAUUUAUGAUACCGUCCAGCCAGACUGAAACUGCCGCGACGCUCAGGGCCCUGGCCACCUGUGCUGCACCUGCCCUCGCGUUAAGGCUACACUGGAGGUGGACCUUGCUGCCUCACCACUGCCCCCAUCACGCUGAUACACACUCUUGGCCUGCCACACUCAUGCACCCUGCCUUACUCAUUCCUGGGGACUGGUUAUGUACAAUUCACUUGUUGUUUUAAGAAAGUUUACAGUGAUAUGUAUACUCUCAUAAUAUCAAUGUAUUGUAUGUAUACACACUUUUAAGCUUAUCACGACGCAUAUAUAUAUAUAUAUAUAUAUAUAUAUAUAUAUAUAUAUAUAUAUAUAUAUAUAUAUAUAUAUAUAUAUAUAUAUAUAUAUAUAUAUAUAUAUAUAUAUA